AUGGGAGUCCCUCCUUUUCUUCAAAAGGUCGGUAAAUGGCUGUCUCCUCCACCUUCGAAAGCCCAAGAUGGAAGAGAAUCUUGGAACUCAAGGGCUUCUUUCCUCUUGGCUGCAAUGGGUGGUUGCGCCGGUAUGGGAAACCUGAUUCGAUAUCCUUCUCAGGUGUACAACAAUAACGGUCUCCAAUGGUUCAUCCCGUAUCUCAUGUGUGUCUUCCUCAUUGCAAUUCCAGCCCUUAUUCUCGAAGUCAGCAUUGGUCAAGCCUAUCGUGGAGGCUCUGUCGUCGCCUUCAACAACAUCAACCACCGUCUUAAGGGCAUGGGCUUCAGUUUACUGUACAUUGGCUUCAUGGUCACUCCUUACUUCGUUGUCAACCUAUCCUGGAUCAUGAUUUACUUCCGAAACUCGUUCCAGAGCCCUCUUCCCUGGGAGGGACGCGCCGAGGAGUACUACUACCAAGAUGUGGUCCGGAAUGUCGAUCCAAUCCCUGGUAACAAGACUUCCAACAGUGUUCAAGAUUAUGUACAGUAUCCCGGUACUGCUCUCAUCGGAGAGACUGUUGGAUGGACUGCUUUCGUUUGGUUCCUCGUCUGGGUUUCCAUUUUCCGUGGUAUUGGCCAGACUGGCCGUGUCGUCUACUUUACCAUGAGUUUGCCCGUCAUUUUGACUAUCAUUCUCGUCGGUCGUUCUGUCUCCCUUCCCAACGCCGGUCGUGGUAUCAAGCUAUACUUUGGUGAGUGGAAUGGCGAUAAGCUAGCUUCUGGCGAGAUUUGGCAGACCGCAGCAGGUCAGGUUUUCUUCUCGACAGGUGUUGGUUUCGGUUACUUCAGCUCUUAUGCGUCUUACAACCAGAAACACUCCAACGCCGUGAUGGACUCUUGCCUUAUUGUCGGCAGCAAUGUUAUAUUCGAGGGAUUCGCUGCUUUCGCCGCCUUUGGCGUUGUCGGAUUUCUUGGAAUGGCUCCUGUAGAGAACGAGAGAAUAGGAGCUUUUACCAUUGGAUUUUUGACCCUGCCAACGGCGAUCACGCAACUCCCUGGUUCGUCUUUUUGGGCUUUUGCUUUGUUUUUUACGCUUGUUGUUCUUGGCUAUAGCUCCGCUUUCGCCAUGCUCGACGCUGUCGUAACACUUAUCAUGGAUACCAAACCCAGAAUUCGCCGUGAGUGGGUGGUAACAGGCCUUGUUGUCGUCUCGUUCCUCAUCUCCCUGCCUUACUGUACGCAGUUUGGUUAUGCUCUUCUCACUGGUGUUGACCGUUGGAUCAACGAUGUCGCUCUGGUCUUUGUCGUAUUCUCUGAAUGCGCCUUUUCUACCACAUUUUACCGCUGGAGAGAUGUUGCUGGGCAGGUUGGUAAGCCUGCUUUCUUUAUCUGGAACUUUGGAUACUUUGGUGGCAUGGUCCUUGGUGUUGCUGUCGCCCACGCUGUUCAAGCCGAGGCUGGUGCUGGAGUCGGCUUUGGCAUCUUUAUUGUUUGCUCGAUCGUUUCUUGUGUCAUUGGCAAGACACCUGACGAUAUCCCCCCCGCUCUCAGCUUUGGUCCAGAAAGAGGAUUCGUUCGCCGAACUAUUGGUAAGAGCUCGUUUCUCUCAAAGCUCUUCGGCAACGUUUUUGUCAGGCGCUUCUGGUAUAUGGCCUUCUACUCUGGCCAGCAACUUCGAAGAGAUCUCAACGUCAUCGUCGCAACUGGAAAGAACUGGAGUAUCCCCGCAUUCUGGCCUAUUCUCCUGCGUUUUCUCUCAGCGCCUGUCCUCGCUAUCAUCUAUGGUUUCGCUUAUCCCGCCUUCUACGAGCUUCGCGAUGAUCCUCUUCAUAUUCUCGGUUUUGGACUUGCUCACAUUUCCUUGGUUAUUAUUGGACUUGGAGUCUUCCUACCUCGUUGGUACAACAUUAUUAUUCCCCAUGACCGUCGCGAGGAUGGCAAGAUCCCCUACGCACCGAAUGUACUCUUGGAUGGUGAGGAACCUAGGAGGACUGAGUCCAUUGAGACCGGCGAAGGUCCUGGAAUAUCUGAAGGUAGUGAAAGCCAAGAGAAGAAACAAUAA